AUGAAAAAUUUCCGAUGCACGCUUAAGAAAGCAAACUACAUUCAGUUGCAUCGAUUUGUCCGUCUGGGGGAUCGGUCCGACAGUCAGGUCUUCACGUUCAUUGUACCGGCUCAGUUAACUCGUGGUUUUGUCAACGUUGCACAGACAAAGGAAUUUACAUACGGCGGACAACGGUGGCAGCUCCUCCUCUGCUAUCAAUUAGAAGACGUUAUUGCCUCGGAUCUGGCCCCCGGUUCCAGUUCUUAUGAUAAGCCCAGGUCUAAUGAGACUUCCAGGGAUUUGAACAACCUCCAGUGCCCGCCCCUACAGAAAAUCCUCUCUAAUCCCCUGAAUGUGGGCUUAACACUCUGUGGAGGGCUUGCAGGUAUGCAUUGCCAACUCCAGUCCUGUCGGUUCACCGUCCUCAAUCGAGAUUCAACUAGUGCGAACAAGACUCACGAGGAGAAGCUCUCCACCUUCACUGCUGACAGACCUGUCUGGUGGAAAACCGACUGGCUUCAAGUUGAUCGUCUGGCCCCCGAGGGUUUUCUUUUUGACGACUGGACUUGGCUACUAGAGGUAGAACUACGCGGAGCCAGCACAAUCUACGAGGAGUUCCUGUCUGUGUUGAAGGCGAAUACGAUGAAGACUCCUGACGGAAAGUUUCAAAUCGAAUCCGCCACCUUCACUUACGCGGGCUCCGAUUGGAGUGUGAGUCUCGAAUGGCUACCGCCAGAAGCCAAAGAGGCUGCUUUCGUAACCAAUACUGUACGCGUUGCCGCGGCUACAAAGACGGAGACAGUAGGCUGUCCCAGGCUUAAGUUACACAGACACAGUCGAACAAAUCAUUGGUGUCGUGUGCGCUAUCGCACAACGCUCGUCUGGGGCAACCUCGGGGAGUCAACAUUCGGACCUAUUGACCAACUCAUCACUUCAAACAGCGGCGCAUCAACUGACGGCUACGAAAUCGGUGAUCCCAAAUGGUUCACCAAGUCUACUCAGCCAAUCGUCUGGGGAAAACUCCGUAUAAAAAUUAUUGUGGAGAUGUUGGCUGCCGCACCUGUCAGCCGUAUAGACCUUAUCCCUAUAGCUCCCCUGGGCGGUAAGAAUUUAGCCAGGUGUAAAGAUCCCGAGGGUUACGACUGGGUGGUCCUUAGUGAUAUUUUGGGCACCCUUGUGCGCCUAAAAUUCUUCCCCGUUGUGGAGGUACAUCAGCACGAUGGUACGAAUCCACCUCAGCCAACAGACACACUCUGUGAGUUGAGAUGCGUCGCAUGGAAUGUACACCUUAUCCCCUUCCAGUCGGCGCGGGGAGUAGUGAAGGCACUCAGCUCCAUCUACGUCUGCCAUGUUCCGACCUACCGUUGCCUGGGACGAGGGGUCAAUAAUUCACUCGGAUCCCCAAAUGAUGUGAAGGAGAUGAUGCUUCACCCUGAGGAAGCUGUUGAGGUCGCACUUGACUUAUCUGUAGAAAAUGUGAGUCAAAAGCCUUUUCAUUGACAUUUCCAUGCUUAGCUGUCUUACUUUGUCGAGUCCUAGUGUAAUCAUUCAAUAAAAGCUAUUUGAAUAAAAUUAAGAAGAGGCUGUAAUUCAAAGUUUGUUUGGGUCGUAAUAAGACACCGGCAUGAGCUUUUAGAGCAUAUAAUUACCUCAAAAGGGUCUGAGGCGAAUUACGUUCGGUCUACAGUAGUCGUACGAAACAUAUGGUAAAGAUCAGAAAUGUCUAUUGGCAACUGAUAUGAAAAACACGGAGGUUGUGAUUCGGAUCGCCAUCGCGUCUUUGAUGACAACAAACGGAAAAAAGAAGGAAACUAUAAAACAUUUUAACGCGUAAAGGCGUAGGCAUUAAGGCAUUAACGAGUGCCUAUCUGCAGGCAGACUACUGCCUUAUAGUGGAACAUCCCCAUUGAUUACGCACCAAAGAGGUUUCGAGAGAGAGUUUGGGGUCAAUACAAUUUUAUCCGCGGAACAGUUCUUUGACAAUGGACGAACGGUCGAUUUUGCGUUCCGACAUCGGAAACUAUCUGGCGGGUGAUCAAUUGCUUCCGAUGCUAGAUACAUUUGCAUCUGGAAGUUGGAGUGUAUGCGCAAAGUCAGCUCUAUUUGUACUCUAUGAUCAAACGCCUUCGCACUUCGCAAAUGACAAUGGAGGAGGCCAUACCAUUGUUAGUAUAUGGUUUCCUUGACGAAUUUGUGGGUAAAAUUAUCCAAUUUCGUACCUUUCGCGUAUGCAAACGCAUUUUAGUUAUGUGCUUUGUUUCCUUAAGCAAUCGAAACUUGUCCAUUGUAAGCUGUGCACCGAAUAACGUGAAAAUAUGACUGAAAAAUUAUCUGAUUUUUCGAUAGAAAACGGUUAGUUUAUUGGCUUUUUGAGAAUAUCAGCUUUGAGAAUAACCAUCAGGUAAAUCCUGAAUCAUCAAUUGCUGAAUUCUAUAGAAAAUUUCCAAAUCAACUGCUACUAUCUGACCAAAAAAGUUCCCAAUGUUGUGAGAAAUAACUUUUUCUGAUUUUCGGUUCUGUUCCAACGAAAAAUCAUAUUCCUCGAAACUCAUUACUAAAAGGGAAAAUCUUUACAUUGUUUUAUUAGUCUUCAAACAUAAAGAGUUAAAAAUAAUUUACUCGUUUUUCAGGUUUGUGAUAAAGAUGCCGGAUACGUCCAUCCGAGGGAUAAUACGAUGACAAUUCGUGUUGAAUGGCUUUAG